GAUGAUCAGAGGCUGAACUUCCUGGGUCACAGGAUGCUGUUGCAUCCCUUCGUAAUUGGGAUACCGGGCUGAGGCGCUGCUGCUCCCCAGCGGGGUCUGUGAGGAGAGAAAACUGCAUUGACCCCUCCCCCCGUGCCCAGCCGGGGGGACUUUCUGCGGCAGCUGGAACCAGCCCCUGGGGCAGCCCCGGGCUCUGCCGACACCAGCCCCUGAGCCGGAGGCUGCAGGAUUUCUGAUUCACCAUCUGUGAUCUCUUGGAUGGAACGAGGCGAUGAGCUGUGGGUCCCAGAUCUCCAAGGAUUUGAGGGACAGGAGAUCCCAGGAGGCAUGUGCACCAGUGAGGAACUCAUUCAAGCAACCCAGAAGCCCUCAGUUUCUGUUCCUGAGACUCUUAUUCUCCCUGUCAGAGGCAAGGACUCGUGUCUGGAUUCCCUCCAUUUAUUGCAGCUGCAGAGGGGAUGGUGAAUGAGGAUGUGGAGGACAGUCCCCAGCAGAACGUCCCUAAGGAGCUGGGUCUGCAGGGGCCUGGCCAGGGAGAAGGUUGUGGGACUGACAGCAGCUCAGAAAGGCAGCAGAGAAGUUGCUCAGGAAAGAGAAAGGUUCAGUCCCUUUCAUGUGACAAAGGCUUCAAGGGUGAGAAUGUCCCCCAGAGCUUCCCAACUGGAGAGAAUAUAUACUUGUAUACAGAGUGUGGGGAAGGCUCUGGUCUGCACUCAGGCCUGGGACAACAUCAGACAGCCCAGUGGGGAGACAAACCUCAUAAAUGUGCCGAGUGUGGGAAACGCUUUUGUGGGAGCUCGAACCUGAUUACGCAUCAGAGAAUCCACACGGGAGAAAAACCCUAUCACUGCCCCAACUGCGGGAAAAGCUUCAGCGUGAAAUCAAACCUCACGACCCAUCAGAGAAUCCACACAGGAGAGAAACCCUAUAAGUGCCCUCACUGUGAUAAAAAGUUCAGCCAGAGCUCAGACCUCACUAAACACCAGCGAAUCCACACGGGGGAGAGACCCUACGGAUGCGAUGCAUGCGGGAAAAGCUUCAGUCGGAGCUCGCGGCUCCUGACACACCAGAGAGUCCACACAGGAGUGAAACCUUAUAAAUGCCCUGAGUGUGGAAAAAGCUUCCGCGUGAGCUCCCAUCUCACUAAGCAUCGACGGACCCACACAGGAGAGAGGCCUUAUCCGUGCUCGGAAUGCGGGAAGAGCUUCAGCCAGAGCUCAGACCUCACUGCCCACCAGAGGACCCACACGGGGCAGAGACCCUACGGAUGCCCUGACUGCGGGAAAAGCUUCCGCCAGAGCUCGCACCUCGUUAGACACCAGAGAACCCACACAGGCGAGAGGCCCUUCAGAUGCACUGAGUGCGGGAAAAGCUUCAGCGUGAGCUCAGAGCUCCUCGCCCACCAGAGAACUCACACAGGCGAGAGGCCCUUCACCUGCCCCAACUGUGGGGAGAGCUUCGGCCGGAGCUCCACCCUGGUCCUACACCAGAGAAUCCACAGCCAGGAAAAACCCUACAAAUGCCCUGACUGCAGUAAAGGCUUUGGCCGUAGGUCACUCCUCAUCCUGCACCAGAGGAUCCACCUGGGGGACAGACCCUACAGCUGUGGGGACUGCGGGGAGAGCUUUAUUGAUGGCUCCAACUUUGUGAAACACCAGAGAGCCCAUGUGGGAGAGAAGCCCUACAAAUGCCCCGAGUGCAGAAAAGGCUUUGUGCGCAGCUCAGAUCUCAUUAAACACCAGAGGAUCCAUGCCGGGCAUAAGCCAUUCACAUGCACUGAGUGCGGGAAGAGUUUCAGCGAGAGCUCCAACCUGCACAGGCACCGGAGGGCCCACACGGGUGACCGGCCCUACAAAUGCUCCAACUGUGGGAAGAGCUUCGGCCAGAGCUCUGACCUCAUCAAACACCAACGCACACACAUGGGUGACCGGCCCUACAAAUGCACCGACUGCGGGAAAAGCUUCAGGCAGAGCUCGGACCUGGUCAAACACCAGAGGAUCCACAAUGGAGAGAAGCCCUACAAAUGCCCGGACUGUGGGAAAAGCUUUAGUGUGAGCUCGAGCCUUGCCUCACACCAGAGAAUCCACGUCGCAGCGAAGCCCUAUGAAUGCCCUGAGUGCGGGCAAAGCUUCAGUGUGAGAUCCACCCUGUCUACGCACCAGAGGAUCCACAGCGGAGAGAAGCCCUUCAAGUGCUCCAAUUGUGGGAAAGGCUUCGGCCGCAGCUCCAACCUGGUCAGGCACCAGCGGAUCCACACCGGAGACAGACCCUACCGGUGCUGGGACUGUGGGAAAAGCUUCACUCAGAGCUCAACCCUUAAUAGACACCGGAGAGUCCACAUGGAAGAGCGGCCUCUCCUGCCUGCUGCAUCAGAGUGAUGGACAAAGCCAAUGAUAUCUUGGAGAGCUGGCCAGAGGGUUAUUGGUACUCAGUGCCUGGCCAUACACCCCUCAUGGCUGUGCUCCUGGGCUGGUGUGACUACGAAUGAUGAUAUUAUUAUCCAUAUAAAUGUCUAGCCUUUUCCUGAAUCCUAGUACACAUUCCUCACCUCAGUACUUUCUUGGGUCUUUUCCUGGAGGCCUGAGUUCCCUCAUGCCAGCUGAGGCCUUGUCUACACAGGAAAGUUAAGGUGUGAAUUUAAACUGAUGUAGUUAUCCCUGUUUAACCCCCCAGCCCCACGUGGAAGCUUUUAUUCCGAUAUAAGAGUGGCCUUUUUCCAGUUUAGUUGACAACAUUUAGCCACAGGAAUUAAGCAAACUGAAUACAGGACUCUUAUGCUGGUAUAACUGGUAAAACUUUCCACACACAGAGAAGUCCUGGGGCUCUCUGGUUUCUGGAAUUUUGUGGAGUAAGUCCCCUCUCCCCCCUUGUGUUCAAACAGUGGAAAUGCAUGGAUGUCUUCUCAGUGAUCUCACAGGCUUCUUCAGGUCAGUUCAAAUCUUAACCCCUUCCUUUCUGCUUUCCCAAACAUCAGCAUUAGUUAGCCAGUGGUGGAAAUGUCUCAGACUUGGCUGAGUUCAUCACUGUACAGCAGCAUCAGCAACUUUCGGUGGUGGAAACAGUGCUGGGGACGGUUCAGUGGUCCACAUUUGUUGGGGGGGGAGGGGAGGAAGUUGAUAGAAAGUGAGCUGAAAGGGGCUGUUCAGAUAAAAUACCCACAACAAACACUGAAAAAGGAUCUAGAUUCUAUUCUCAGUGAUGCUAGGGUGAAUACUGAGUGGCCCCACCAGACUCUGGAGUCACUCUGGAUCAACCCUGGAUAGAAUGGAAUCUGGCCAGAUGGGGUACGUCUGCAAAGUGGGAAAAAUAAAACCCAUGGUGGUGAGUUUACGAGCCCAGGUCUAUAGACUCAGGCUUGCAGGGCUCACACUAGGAAACUAAAAAUAGCUGUGUCGAUGUUCUGGCUUGGGCUGGAGCUUGAGUCCACAUGGUAGCAUGAGCCCCACAAGCCCCAGUCUGUAGACCCAGGCUCUGAGAUUCACUGGGAUAUUUUUGCUGUGUAGACAUACCCAUGGCGUUUAAUGGUUUAUUAUCUCCUCUUACUCUCUGCCAAGAACUGUGUUGUUACAGUGGGAGGAUGUGUACUCCACAAAUGUGUGUUUCCCCACUGGUUCCUAUAAGGCUUCCUAUAUUAGUAGUGUUGCUUUCUGGGCAGAUUCAGUGAACCAGGAAAUACAGCAGCAUUUUACCAGAGGAAUGAUUUUUUUUUAGUGCAAAUUAAAAUAUAUUUCUGUGCAGAAUAUCUUGCCCCAAAUCAAGCCGGCAGUCUGGGGGACAUCAGUACAGCCACUGGAGAAGCUGGAGAUGCAUUUGCCAUAAUCCCCAAUAUCAGUUAUUUCACCUCAGUACUGCUUUGACACUUGUCGUUUUGUUAAACGUCCUUUUUCUUUGAGUGCAUUUGUCAGAGUCCUGGUGUGGAUGCUGGUUUUGCUCACUGUUCAUGGAGCCAUGGUCCUCAGCUGCUAUGUAUCAACAUAGAGCUAUGCUGAUUUAUACCAGCUGAGGUUCUGGCCCAAAGAGAGUACAGCUGGGAUGUUUUAAAGAAGCUUAAAAAAUAUAAAAAUGUUCUAUGAGGUCACAUCCAAGGUACCAAUGCAGCAUUGUUCUCUACUGUAUAUUUAUAAAACAUCAAUGCAAGAGAUGUCCUCUGUGUGUCAUGGAUCCACAGGGUCUGGUUUAUGUCCCAGCCUGUAACCCUGGAGAGUGACCUCGAUAGACUGCCAGGUCUCAAGAAGCCACACAAUUCCACAGGGUGUGGCCCAUGGCCUCCAAGACUGGGCUGGUGGCACCAGCGAUCCCAGUCUUUCUCCAUGGCUCCCUGUAGCAAGUCCAGCAGAGUCAGUCUCCUGUGAGAGGCUUAUCCUGUACUCCUCCAGAGCACAAUGUUUCCUGUAAAGUAUUUGCAGCAACACCAAGAAGCCUUUUCAAAACAAGGUAACAAUUUAUUAGUCAGCUGGCUCACAGAAUCUGAAAGUCCUUAGGUUAGCAUAGAAAGGAAAAGAGGUGAAGACAGAAUUCGGUCUGGCCCACGUCAGGGGCAUCCUAGCUCUUAACACAGCCACCUGGCACUUUUCCUCUUCAAAGCUUGUCUCUCUCACCAACAGAAGUUGGUCUCUCUACUACCUCUCCUCUUUCUUCUCCAGCUCGGAGACCUUCUCUCUGCAGGGAAGCCAAGCAGUGUGGGAAAUUUCCUUCCUCUUGGCUGUUGGUUGCUAGGUGUUACUGUCCCCGCCACUGGGGUUUCCAUGGUCUCUUCCGAUCCACCAUUCACAUGUGUAGACUUUAUUUAGUUUAAUGAUUCUGGUUUCCAGCCAGCCUGCUGAGUUAACAGCUCCUCCCUUUGCUUUACACUCAGGGAUUGUCUACAUUUAAAACGCUGCCAUGUGGCUUGCACCACUGUAGUGCUUCAGUGAAGACACUACCUAUGCUGACGACAGGGUUUCUCCCAUCAGUGUAGGUAUGCUUCCUCCCUGAGAGGCAGUAGCUAGGUGGAUGGGAGAAUUCUGUUUACCUAGCACUGUUUACACACUGGGGGUUGGGUCGGUUUAACUGCGUCGUUCACAGGUGUAGAUUUUCACACACUCCUUAGUAAUGUAGUUAUACCAUGGCAAUGCAAAGCCCAGAGGGAAACUGAGGCACACUCAGGCAUCAUAAAUAUACUACCAAAGCCCCCACAUUCAUCAUAUUACAGAAGUCAUGUACAGAAGAGCAUGCCCUUUCCCUAACCCCACAGUAAACCCUACUUAGAGAGUGUACUACAGAUGGCAUGUAAGAGCACAGAGUAAGAGUAAAAAAUUGCUGGCCUAUAUAGACCGCCAAAAUUCACACCUCACUGAGCUUCAUAGUUAGUUGUCCUGUUCCCUGAAUUACAUCUAAGGAAGGCUGCACAGUUGGGUGAAAGGAAAACAUACAGUGGAUGGAUUCUAUUAAAAUGAGUGAACUACACCCCAAAGGGAGCAGAGAAGUUGCAUAAAAAACCAAAGGCCAACAUUUUCAGACUUAGACUCAGCGUUUGUAAAGCCAUUCAUCAGGUGCUUAAACUUAAGAGUGGGUUUGCUUUUUACCCUUUUGCUGAAUAGAUUUUGGGAGGAACUUUAUUUUCCAGACCAGAGGCUUGCCUCCCCUGACUCCAUGCAGCCUAGUUGAGCUGUGUGCCUGGAUACGGUCCUUAAUUUCACCCUUUUUUACUUGCAUGCCUGACUGCUCUUUCCCCUCUGAGACCAUGUUCUCUCUUCCAGGCUGGUUCUACUUUUUAAAGCUUUGUUUAACUUAUUUUGCAACUUUCUACCACCUUCCUCUCCUCUCCCCUCCUCCACCUACCCUUUCAAACCAGAGCGUAGGAAUCCCUUAUCCAAGGCUAGGUCUCUAACAGGGGCCUUUUGUCUUCUAUGGGGAUUUUUAGCAAAUGACCUUCUCCUGUCCAUGGACAGCUCAUUCUUGUCAUAAGGGGCUCCCUUUGACUCCCUACAAAGUCCCAGAAUAAAGUAAUUUGAGCCAAUUUGGCUAAAAUUAAAGUUAAAAAUUAAAAAUAAAGGGUUAAGGAACCAUUUAUUUGCCUGUUCUGUGCACAUACUCCUACCUACAGCAUCCUGCCACCCAAGCCAUGUGUUAAUCAUGCAACAGGAAGUAGGAGACAGGCUGGUGGCAGGUUUGGAUGGUACUUGAAAAUAGCCAAAUGAAAACAGAACUUGAAAACAAAAUUGUUUCAACUUGACAGAAACAUUUUAGUUGACUCAAAACUAAAUAAAAAACCAAACCAAAGAUUUCUAGUCAAUCAAAAUGUUUUGGAAGAUUUGAAACAAAAUGUGAUUGAGUAUCUCACUUUGAUGAAAACCGAAAAAUCCAUUAUGCACUCACCUCUGCUCUCUGCUACUGCUUAAUUCUACUACUAAAUGAAAUACUGAUAGGAAGGGAAAAGUGCUAACAGGAGGAUCUGAAGUUUAUACCUUUUUGGAUAAAAUCUGACAGAGCUUUUCUCACCAGCUGAACCUACUUUUAUAGACUACCAUGAAGUCAUGGGAAUGUUGAGAGAGAUUAUUAUUUCAACGAAAUAACAAUUUUUGAAGCACAAAUACCUGAAAGGAUUCCCCACAGCCUGUGGCUAGAGCCUUCAAUAAAGAAUUAAAUUCACUAAAAUUAGCAAAGAUUUUGAGGGUGCCAAUCCCUAAAAGACCUACAUGGAUAAUUUCAGGAGAUUUCACAUGACUCACAAGGAAGAGGGUUCUAUAGAAAAGUUCUUACAAAUAUACACAGUCCAAGUUUUUUUAAAAACCUGCCAUGUCUGAUGGAGCAAACAUGUCUCUGUCCUUGAGCAGAUCUAAUCAUCACUGUGGAAUCUGAGGGGAGCCCAAAGGGGAGCAGUAAUGAGGUUAGAUUUUAAAAUGAAGAUUUGAUGGCCUAUUCCUACCCAGCCCCACUUUUCACCUCUCCCUGUGAUGUCCUUAACUGCCCUGUGAUAGCCUGGUCUACACUACAAAGUUAGAUCGACAUAACUCCAUCUCCCUCCCUCCAUUUCAUUAUGAUUCACCCCUUCCCUUUGUUGCAAUGUCACCUCCAGAGAGACAAAGGGGAACCCAAAACUGACCAUUUCAUGGUUCCCCUGAAACUGCUCUUUCCUGGGCAUUAAAAACAGGGGAGCAGAUUCCCAAGGGCUGUGAGGCCUCUGACUCCCAGGGCCGAGCAUCACUUUCCUGCCCCUCCCUAGCAUUUUCUCUUUCAAUCACACGGAGGCUCUGCCUCAGGAGCUGAUGUCAGCUAAGCCUGGAGCUGCCCUUGCAGGCUAGUUCCAGCCACCGGAGAAAGUGCCCGACUCAGACAGGCACAGAGGCAGGUUUAAUGAAGGUCUGUCCAUGGCCCAGAUCCCACUUGGGAAGCAGCAGGUCCAACUUCUGGAUAUUGUUGCUAUUACUGUCUGCAUGUGACCAGGGCCGGCUCCAGGGUUUUUGCCGCCCUAAGCAGCAAAAAAAAAAAAAAAAAAAGCCGCGAUCGCAAUCUGCGGCACCUCUACCACCGCUGCUUCAGUCUUCGGCAGCAAUUCAGCGGCAGGUCCUUCGCUCCGAGAGGGAGUGAGGGACCCGCCACCAAAGAGCCGGACGUGCCGCCCCUCUCCGUUGGCCGCCCCAAGCACCUGCUUGCUGGGCUGGUGCCUGGAGCCGGCCCUGCAUGUGACCCAGGAAGCUCAGCCGGUGAUACGGGAAUGGAGGGAACAAGACAACCCCCUUCCCAAUAGCAAUUACCAGAGCCAAUAGUGCUUGGAGCUAAUUAACCUCACCCCCCCACCCCCCUAACCUCACUGUAUUCAGAUAGAGUUGUGUGAUGGAACAAGUGAAAAAAAUUGUUAGUUUCAGACUGAAAGUGACUUUUCCCUCACCAAAAAAAACAGACAAAAACACUUUGAAAUAAAAUGUGGAUUCAAAUCA